AUUUUCUAAGAAAAAAAAUAAUAUUUAAUUCGGAUAUUAGAACAUAUACAUUUUUUUGGAAGGAAAAACAAUGACCAUGUUACAGACAUUUUUCUAUUUUUUGAUUGCCAUGGUGUCAUUGGGACACGUCGAAAGUAAGUAUGAUUGCUGCACGCCUCGGAAAAAUUCUGAAAACUAUACCAUGCAAUGGAAUUGUAUAAGGGGGAUGGAAUACUAUGGAGCCAGCGACGAUCAUGAAUUCAAUAUGAUAUUCGAAUUGAAAGACGAUGUAUAUGGAAAUUUAGUUACAGGACCGUUGAUGAUGAUUUAUCAUAGGCACGAUGAAAAAAUGGUAGCAGUGAACAUUCAUGGAUUAUUACCUCAUAGGAUAUAUAUCAAUCUUAAAUUGAAAAUGGAUCGUGAUGUCCCUAAAAGCGUUGUAGCCGAAAUUAAAAGACUGGCAGACGCGAUGGACCCCGAUAAAAUUAUCGAUUUCCUGACAUCAAAAGGGAUCGAGUUAGUAGCACCCUUAGGAUGCAGCAGCUUCAGAUUUCCCCAUCGCGCCUGUUAAUAAUUAAACAUAGUUUUAAAAUUAUUGGGAGAAAAUUUGAGUGUUCAAUUUUUUUUUCUUCCUUCUAUUAAAAUUGGGAAAU